CCUAAAUUGACAAGAAUUAGUUCUUUUUUGCGGAUAGACCACUGCUUCUUUUCUAAGAAAUAAGGUAUCCAUCAAAUUUCUCUCAUAACGAAUGGGUUUCAUAAAGUCAAACCCUUUCAUAUGGAGGAAAUUCAUCAGGAUCUUAUUUACUCAACUGGCGAUAGAUUGUAAACAAUUCGCAGCGUAAGGAAGAUAAACCGUUUUGGGGACACCGAAAAUGCAGUCAAUAAGUUCAGAUUCUCAGACGCUAAACAACGGACUCCGCGUUGAAUCUUUCUUCAAUACUGCAUCAGAAAACUAUGAAACUGACACGGAUAGUGAUUCAGGUGCCUUUACGGCCGCCCAUAGACGCCGAAAGUCAAAUAACGACGACGCGCAUCGGCUAUCUACGCCAGAGAUGAUUCGGCAUGCGUUUAAUAUUGCAGUGAUCAAGGUGAGUUUUACCCUUUCUAACCGAGCGGUAAGCAGUGAAACGCAGCGAACGAUGAAAAUUCCAAACCACUCUAACGCAAUUGUAAUCAGGCAGAAAAUCAUUAGUCGUGUUUUAUUUCUCGACAGAAUUCACUCAUCGUCGAAUUUUCUUUAUCUUUGAUAGUGGUCAAACCCCAAACGCGGAGCAUUUGCGUUCUUGUGUUUCUUUGGUUUCUAAAGCAAAGAAAAAAUGUACUUGGUGUAUGUUUUUUGACUACGGAUUUAAUAAUGACACCUGCUUAAAUGAAUGGUCAAAUGUUUGAGAGAUGUGACGCGCAAGAAGCGCGUUAACAAUGCUGUUGCCAUUUUUUAACUUUUAAGAUUUCACACUCUUUUAAGUCAGAAUCUUCUCCAAUUCUUUUGUGUGUUCUUUUUUUUUCUUUAUUGCCCUUUCUUGCAUUUUAAAACUCAAUAAAACAAUGAAAAGCGUUUUUUUUCGAAAGGGCUUUUCAAUUUCCGCUUCUUAAGUUCAUGCAUUCACAAAAAUAAAGCACAUCAUUAAUUACCAUCUUGCUUUUUUUUUCUCUAGAAUUCAUCAUCCUCAUGGUGUUUCUAUAUUUUAGUCACGUUUUUAUUUUGUAAACAACGAAAAAAAAAUGAACUUGUGAACUCAUAAGUAUUUUGUCGUUGGUCUAUUUACAAUAUUUCCCGAACUGUGAAAAAAAACUUAAUUUUCCAUAGCGUUUUGCACCAGCUAUACAACUAUAUUAUUCCGCUUCGCUAGCUUCCUAGCUAAAGCGGCAAGGAUCCUGGCGAAAUAUGAAAUUCAAACAGAUGGUAUAUAGAAAAGGUUUGCCUAGAAUGCCUUUUUGGCGCAGCCCUGCUGGGCAGCGAUUUAGAAGUUCAAAAGAAAAACAAAAGGACAUAUAAAGUGAAAGACGUUUUUACCCCUACACAGAGAUAUAAAAAUAGGAAAUCUAAUUUAAGUUGUAAUUUUUUUCGCGUUAACUGAACAAUAUAAAGCAGGGAAUCAUAAUUAUUAUUUGCAAUGUUGCUCGCUGUUAUGUUUAUAAUGAGUCAACUAAAUAAUUUGCUUUAAAGAAUUUUUUUUCCUCGAUGACUGUGACCACUGAAGAAAUAUUGUUGUAGUGAAUAUUAUUAUUGUUACUGUGAAUUCACCGGAUCUAUUUUUAAAAAUGGGAACGACUUCCAGGUGCUGUGAAAAAAACAAAAAACGCAAAAAUCAACCUUAAUUUUGUUUGUAAAACGCAAAUGAGUAGAUUUUCAAAUAUUAUUAUGACUCUUCGACUUCGUAAACCGUUACCUAAUUAGUUAGAGUAAUACUGUACUGAGUGGAGAGCACUGAAUUCGGGGAGUAAUUAAUAUUUCAAAUCGACCAAGCACGUACACGUAGUGAGAAAAAGAUUUGAAAUUACGAGUGUGAUUAACCUGAAUUGUUCGGGACUUGAAGUCAUAACCAAAUAAGUGUGACAAUAAAAAAGUGCGCGAAUCUCAGGACUACAUCAGCUUACAGCUUCUGAAGCAAAAACAUGGCUUGUAAUGUUUGGAGAAGCUAUCGGAAUAUGUAAAUCUAACUGUAGGAACUUUUUUUAGGUGGUACAAUUUUUUAGAAAAUUAGACUUGUCAAGCCGAAGCUGAAAAACUUGCUCUCUGAAGAUUUUUUGUCAGCUUCGCUUUGCUAGCAUGGACUGAUUUGUUACACCUUAUUGGCUAACAACAUUUGAUAUUUGAUUUUCAUUGGCUGUUAACCUGUCCGAUUUGACCUUUCAGCUAGUACAAUCAGCUUCUUAUCGGACAGGAAAAAUUGGCCAGUUCUGGUGCUGGAUCAGCCAAAUUUAGCAAUAAAUUAUCUAAUAGCUGUUAAGAUUUGAGAAUUUUGUUCAUUAUUGAUACAAGUAACAUUAAAAUUGCCUCAGACCCUCACGGCGUAGUUUGUGGCGUGGGCAUAACAAGCAAACUACCGUAGGUAGGUCGAAAUUAAAGAGUUUAUAGCUUUGAAUAUGUAUAAAAAGGAUUUUCUCAAAUUUAGGCGCCUAAGAGAAUUUUUAAUUUUAAUUGUUGAUCACCUGUGAUAUUACAUUGACAACCUUAUGCUGAAUUUUGGAUUUCACAUCUGUUCUUGAAUAAAUUAUAUAUUAGCAAAUUCGGUAGUCCGACUUAUCAAAAAUGUACGUUUACUUUUUUCAAUGAAUCUGAGUACAUAGUUUUGACUUGGUUACUUUUUCGACGUCGAGCCAGACAAGCCAAGAUGGCGAAUCCAAGAUGGCGGCGUCAGUGUGAAAUUAAAACGCUAGCAUUGAUUUUAUCAUUAUAUACUGAUGGCUAGGAAAAGUGGCGAUAUUAGCAGUAGUAUUUUAGUGGCACUUCUAGCAGCAGCAGUAGAGUGAGCGUUAGAAGUAUAUAUAAUAAUGAUUACAUAUAACAAGGUGAUUCUUCUUCUGCUUUCUAAUGUUGAUACCCGUAUUUUCGAGGUAUACACUUCUUUAAUAUAGUGAAUAUUACAUGUCAAUCACCAGCUUUCGCUGGAAUACUUGCAAUUAAUGUAUUUGCCAACAAACUUCUAUUGCGACGUGAUUCUUUGUAUUUGUUAGUUUAUUUUAAUUCCUUAAAGUAUUGACACUUGGGUUGGCUAUGGAUGUUUUAAUUUUUUUCCUCGGUUCAAAUUUUAUACUUCCCUUUUGCAACUAGUUAUUUAACCAACUUUAUAUCUAAAAUGCGUAUUCCAAAUUUUAAACAGGACAGGCGAAAUUUCGCGAAAAAAAAAACGUGCUACCGUUUACUCCCCCAGAAUCGCGGACAUUUUCGUAUUUAAAGCCACGCAAAGCAGCCCAAGUGUAUUACAGCGGAAGCAUAUGUGCUUCUGAUUACAGUCGCAUCAAAUGUACGUACGAUAUCGAUCAGUUCCAAAAGUGUUAAAUGUAUCAACUUUAUUUAAAGAGGGUAACGCUAAACAGUAAACUGACAAACCUGCGGCCCCUUCCACUGACUAGCUACAACGAACAGAUAGAUUUCAAGCUUAUCUGAUAUUUCAUAUCACACUUCCCUGGUGCAGAUCGUACCGUGUAUUUUAGGUCGUCGAAAGUAAUACCAUUUCUGGCAGACAAGCAAAGAGCAAAUUUGACCACACAUUUUAAAAAUUUUAUAUCUCCACUGUUAUUUACCCUAGCUUAAAAAGCUAUACAUUUUUUGAAGGGUAUACAAUAAACUUUCCAAAAAAAUUAUUUGCCCUCUGGAAGCCCAUAAUACUUCACUGAAAAAAAUUACAAGAUACAUUUUCUCAUAAUUUAUUCAACAAUUCAAAUAUAAAAUGUGAUUUUGCAAUAAUAAUACUUGGACUCAGCUUUAACUUUAAAAGAAAAGUUUUUCUCUAGUUAUGUAGCAAAACAAACCACCAAUCAGCUAAAAAUAUUGAACGAUGCAGAAUUUUCUAUAAUUUUUUUUCGACAUAAAAUGUAAUAUGCAUUGAGGAUUUUUGAUUUCAAAUGAAGAAGAAUUCUCAAACUGACGGAUAGCUUGCUUUGUGGCAACUUAAAAGUCAACCUAUUUUAAGUUUUCGUUUUAAAACCACUACGAAAUAUAGGGAUUCGAAUAUGGUAACAAUCCAGAUGCGCUAACAAUAAAGGUCACGUGUCUUGUAGCAAACUAUUUAGUACUGAUUGUAGAAAACUUUCACCGUACUUAUAAUACCAAAACGAUAUUCCUUUCGCAACGCGCAAUUCUUGGCAAAUUAUUACUUUUUCAUUACUGCGAAAUUAACUUCCAUCGAAAAGUAUUAAGAGCAAUAUGUUACUGUAUUAAAAGGCUAAAGCCUUUACAUUAAUUGAAGGAAAGACUCUUCGUACUUAAAUCCGUACUCUUAACAUUUCCUUCCUCGCGUACUUGUACGUGUGACUGGCCUAAAGUAAAAUACGCCUAAUGUAGUUUAUAAAGUUUAGAUGUUCACAAAUUAUUAGCAUUUUUUUGAAAUCAGAAAAGUAUUUGAUUUAAGAGUAUUCAAAGUAUAUACAAAACAAACAAAUUACGGUGGAGGAGAAUUAUACAAGAUGAUCAACACAAAAACUACUUAGAAGGUUUGAUCGCAGAAUAAACAAAGAAUUUGUGUUACGAAAUAUAUUGGUGUCCUCCUGUCACAAAUGUUAUUCAUCUUAUUGUUUGCUUUGUUUGUUAGUUUGGAUUCAACUCGUUUCUUGCAGAGAGCAGUUCUUCCGCUGGUUACUGGGAUCUGAAUGAUCAAAAAGUUUUUUGUCUUUGAGCUAUCUAAGAAAUCUGUAAAUAAGGCUUAAAUUCUAAUUUUAUCAUUGAAUGUUUAAAAAAUCUUACUCGGAGAUUAAAAAAAGAUUUCAAUAUGCUAAUUUUGAUCAAGCUAAAGCCCAUUAUGAGUGGAACAUACAAUUCGAAAUGAAAACAAUUUUUUGCUUUUUCUAUUGGACAAAUAUUGAAAAAUGACCCCAAUUGAUUUCUAAAAGUAUUACUUUUAAGCCGACGUGCGGUGAAAGGAUUGCCCAAAACACAAAACGUGUACAUGUUUAUUUUUAAAUCAGCGUUUUGACGCCACGAUGUCAAAGGUUACUCGUGCUUACAUUACGAAAGCAGAAAAAACGAAAUCUUAAUUGUCAGGAAACAGAAUGCCAUAGCCCUUUCCAAUAAGCGCUGGACGAACUCAAACGACGGACCGGCAGUCAUGCGGGAGGACAAUUGGCAGACGCUGGCACACUUCGUUCACUUUCGGGUAUUUUGAUUGAGUUAAAAUAAUUUGAUGUAUUUUUUGUGUUUGUUUGCUUCUUGACUUUCUUUUCUAUGCAAGAACAAAUUAGAAAAUUUAUGGAUCGAGUUACAGUAAACUCCGGCGAUUUAAAUGUUUUCCUUUUUUCAGUCCGUAUAAAUGACGGCUUAAUGCAGCCUGUCAAACUACCUGAACUUCGUCUAGUCAGUAAUACGCUUAUAUCAGUAGAUACUGCAUGAUUAUGAUCUCUUUGGUACGUUGUAUCGCUGAUAAACGUGAAUGUUAUAAAGCUCAUUAUUAUUAAAGUGUGGUUUGUUGGGACCUAACAUUCUUAAUUUUUAACAUAACAACCGUUACAAGACUGAGACAUAACAAAAGGUCAGUAUUUUUCUUAAGAGGAAGUUUUUGAUGAAAGUUUUAUUGUUUGCGCUAUGUGAAUGAAAUAGAAGGCGAUACAUUUAAUUAUAGAAAUAUGUUUAUAAAUUUUGCUUUAAAUCAUUUUUAGAAUUUACGAAAACUGUGAAAAGACGGCGACUUUUCGAAUUUAGCAGAAAUCUCUUGAUCCUACAAUAAACAAAAUUAUAUGGCCGAAGGUGUACUGUCACUGAAGAAGACAGCAAAAUUGACCUACUUCUAAAAAUAAGAUGUUUUGAGUAUUCAAAAGCGUUCUGAUGAAGUAAUUUGCAUUUGAUAAAGACAGAUUAAAAUUAGGGUCAUUAUAGAAAUAACGGAACGUUAAUACAAAGUUAUCUUUCUAAUACAAGUAUCUCAGGUACUUUAUAAAAGUACUCUUAGCAUCUGAAACGGUUGACAUGAGAUAUUUGUCAGCAACAUUUAGUGUCAGGUUUUCAUCACAAGGUGUUUUUUUGCUGGUUUGCCACGUUUCUUACUUUUAAGUGAAAAUAGAAACAAAGAUAACAUCCAUGGUGACCAUAGUAUAGAUUUUUAAGAACUUCCGCACUAAAACUGUUGAUUCAAUUCAAAAGGCGUUUUUGGCAUUUUUUCUGGCGUAACAAAAUUACAAUAUGACAGAUCUAAGAUGGCGGCCAUUUCGAAUCAUGACGUCAUAAAUUAUGACUUUACUGUGUCUAAGCUAAGACAUUUUCUGACAUGCUGCAAAAGCUAUUAGUCAAAUUUCCACAGCUCAGCUUCAAUUUUCUUGAAAUAACAGAGUCCCAAAGGGGUAGAACAUUUCCAAAGAAGGUUAGAAUAGACGGAGGCGGAAGUUGUUAGGAAACCCUUUAUCUGACGUGCUUUGUUUUAACUUGAUUAUGCCGACGAACAGGCGGCUCAAUGGGCGCUCAAGCGAAACGCAACGUAUUAAUACAGUAGAGCAUCUAGCCCGGUCAGUAAAUGGCAGAAACCAGACUGGUCUUUUGAUCUUAGACUUUUCUAAAGCCUUCGACAAAUUAAUUUAAAAUAGCACACAAACGUGUGUUACUUAAGUUAGUGUACUACGACAAUUGCGGUCCGACCUUAGCCUGCAGGAUAGAGGCGUGGCUAAUAAGAAGAACUCAGCAGGUGGUCCUCAAAGGCGAGCACAGUGAGAAGUCUUGCGUGAAAUUCGGAGUCCCUCAUGGAAUCGUGUUGGAUCCCUUGUGCUUCUUGUUAUUCGUUAAUGAUAUACGUCAGAUAUCAAUUAAGUUGUUCGCUGACGACACCCUGCUGUCUGGUCUGGUGCAUAAUUUUUAAUCAGUCUCCAAUCCGAUCUGGACAAAGCAUUUGAAUGGGCAAGGUUUUGGCAAAUGGUCUUCAGUCCCUCGAAGUGUUGCGCUCUACGAGUUUGCAGAAGCAUGAAUCCCUUAAUCCAUCCUAUGCUUGGCCAAACCUUGCAGUCUGCAGACGACCAGCCUUAUCUUGAAUUUACUCUAUCAGAGGAUUUGGACUGGAGGACACAUAUUCUGAACAUUAGAAAUAAAACCAAUUCUGCUCUUGGCUUUGUCGAGAGGAACUUACAUCGUUGCCCACAGAAGGUUAAAGAUCAAGCUUACAAAUCACUAGUGAGACCACCGUUGGAAUGUGGUAGUACCGUAUGGGAUCUGUAUAGAGCAUAUCCGAAAUCAUGUCUUGAACAGGUCCGGCGCCGAGCAGCACGCCUCGUACCAAGAACCUACGCGAAUGAGAAAAAAUGCGUAACCAAUGCCUUGAAGCAACUUAAUUGGCCAACUCUCGAAAAAACAAGACAAGUAGCUAUACUGACGCUGAUGUUACCAACCAGGCCGCUAUUGAUACAACAUCAGUCCUCCAUAAAACCCAGGGCAUCUUAUCCACUCAAAUUUAUUCUACUUAAGCCACCCUGUGACGCGUACAAAUACAACUUCUGGCAAGAAUAGUCUGCCAUCUUACUAUUUGACACUAGUUUCAACUGCAAAAUUUAAAGCCACCAUCUCUGACUGCACUUUUUCAUUGUAAUGUUUGUCCCUUCCUAUUUAUUGUAAAUUUAUUUUUAUUCUAAAUAGUAGCACUUUAGUUUAUCAGUUAAGGAGCUUGCGACUAUGUCUAUAAUAAAUUUUAUAAAGUGUUAUCACUGCAUCACCCUCCAGUAAUUGCUUAUUAUUUCACAGGGUAGAAUCAACCUGCGAUUCAUCAACAGAGACCAUCAUGGCGGCCUUCACAAAGCUGUUCUUAAUGGCAAGGAAUCUGACGUAGAAAACCUUAUAUCUGCUGGAAAAGGUACAAUUAUAUAUGACUUAAGUUUAGCUGAAAUAAAACUCCAAACCGGAUUAGAUAUUGUUUGCCUUUCCAGCACGGUUUGAUCAAGUUGGGCGAAAAAAAAAAGUUGCUCUAAAAGCUCACAGGAAAGACAAGAAGCUUGCUUUUGGUGUAGAAAAGAAUGUUUUGGGCUGUUUUGAUUGUCGUUCCGUCCUUUCUCUUUCCUUUUUUUAUCCAUCUAUGCAUACGUCCGUCAGUUAGUUCGUUCGUUCGUUCGUUAAUUCAACCAACCGGUCAGUCCGUUGAAAAUCACUGAAGUGACUGAGUACGUAUACAGUCGUCGGCUCCCUGAACCCUCGACCUAAGCCUGCGUGUCAUCUUAACCGUAUUAUUACAAGUUUACAAAGGGCGAAUGAUGGAAGAAUAAGGCUCAACUUAACUUCUUUCUAAGGAGACAAUCAGUCACCAGUCAGUCAGUCUCUAACUACAGUAGAAGCUGUCGUGAGCGGACACCACCCUCCGGAAACGAGGAAAGGCGUCCGUAACAGGAGCUGGCCGCUUACGUGAAUGUAAAAAUACAUAGUUUGUAUGGCAGUCGAGAAGAACGGGGUUUUGUGAAGGCGGACGUUAGUAAAGCUGUCCAAUUACGAGAGUGUCCGUUAGGAGAGCUUGCACUGUCGGUCAAUCACUUGGCAGUCAAUGAAAGAAACACUGUUAAAAGAUAGUCUAUUGAAAAGAUUAAAGAAAGGUUGUCGCUCAUUUCUGCCGCAGAUAUAGACGCACAUGAUGAGUACGGUAAAACUCCACUUCACUGCGCAGUUGGAGCUCAAAAGCUGGAUAUUGUACAUUGCCUUCUCCGCUACAAACCUGAUGUGGAUGCACAUGAUGAUAGGGAUGAUACCCCAUUGCACACUGCUACAAGAACUGGAAACUUAGAUAUUGUGCUGGUUAGUGAUCACCACAAUCAUUUCUUGGCCUCUGCCGAGACGCCUCGAUCUAUUUUUUUUCUUUCCUACCAUUUCAGCCGUCGAAACAUGCCGGCUCUGAACCCCUCUAGGCCCUUUGCAGCUAGUCCUUCUUAUACGAAAUCGGCAUGAUAGACAGCUUUUCCGGAUUGGUUAUACCAUUUUAAACUUCGUCGCUUGCUCGGUCGCUGCGCGACCUGAUGCAUUGAAGCUAGCUUCGCUAACUUUUAGGAACUUAUGAGAGGUCGAGUUGUAGCAAGUCUAUGGGACAAGACAAACAAAGAAAACAACCAUUUGUCACGUCCCAGUGCGUCCUUUGCUCUCCAGCAUGGCGGUUACGUUUAGUACCACAAGAAUAACUGGCUGCAAAGGGCCUAUUCAAGUGUCCCUUGAUAUGAUAAAAGAUGUAGAGUGUUUCCUUUUUCUUCUUUCUCUUUUCACAAAGCGGGUGGUUCUUUAAAUGAACAUAUAAAAAGUGGCGAGUACCUGUCUCACAAGAAGUACCGAAAUGUUUUUGCCAAAACAGCUUCCAUAAACAAGUAGAAACUAACGAUAUGAUAUCCCGACGUUUUAGCAUUAUUAAGUCUCAGAGCACAGAACGUUUGACUUACAGGCUCUAUUGCGUGAAGGUCGCGCUAAUCCCAAUGCUGUCGGCAACUCAGGCUGUACUCCACUUCACAUAGCGGCUCAUCUGGAUCACGUGAACAAUGUAUCCAUCUGCAAGCUCUUGGUAUGUAAAAUUCUCCGCUUUAGAAACGAGAAGGAAACUCCGCGAAGUAAACUUUCGCCAAGACUUUGGGGACGGUUACUGGGGAUAGGACAGACAAAUUAGCCAAUAGCUGAAUAGCGCGUCUCCAGUAACGAUACCAGAAGUCUUUACGAAAGUUAACUGGGUUCAGUUUCCUUCUCGUAGUUUUAAGUGGCGCUGUCACCGUGGUAUGGGCAUCCCCGCGUUUUGGGCAUCCCCAUUCCCAAAAUCCUAGUGAUAUGGGCAUCUCCUUCUCAUAUUACCUUAGAAAAUUAGGGCUAGGGUUAGGGUUACAGGGGAAGCCCAUAUCACUAGGAUUUUGGGAAUGGGGAUGCCCAAAACGCGGGGAUGAACAUAUCGAAUCACUGUGACAGCAGUUGCAUCAGUUUCUUAAUGAUUUGUUAUCUAAUGAAUCGUAGGCCUUGUUGACACGGUUCAGAACAAUUUUCAAAAACUUGCACAAAUCCAUUUUUCGUUUAC